GCACGCGAUAAAACACUCCAACGGCAGAACAACCCAUCCAAUUCAUCGCCAGUCCAAACAUGUCCUCCAAGCACUCCACCGCCUCCAUUCCCUACGCUCCUCUCCCACCUCCUCCACCCAACGCCGCCGCCGUCGUUGUCGUCCUCCCCCCUUACCCCCGCCACGGCGGCUUCCGCCUCCGCCGCUGCCUCGGCUUCUCCGCCGCUCUCCUCCUCGUCGCCGCCUCCGCGUUCCUCCUCUUCCCCUCCGACCCCGCCGUUCAGCUCACCCGGAUCAGGCUCAACCGCGUCCGGGUCAGCAUGUCCCCGAGCCUCACCCUCGACCUCUCCUUCAACCUCACCCUCCGGGUCCAGAACAGGGACCUGUUCUCCAUGUACCUGAGGUCGUUCAACGUCUCGGUGGGGUACCGGGGGAGGGAGCUGGGGUUCGUCACGACGGAGGGCGAGAGGAUCAGGGCGCGAGGGUCGUCGUAUGUGGACACCACGCUCGACCUGGACGGGCUCCAGGUCGUCCACGACGCGUUUUACCUGCUCGAGGACUUGGCAAAGGGUGUGGUGCCGUUCGACGCGGACGCGAAAGUCAACGGUGUUUUGGGGAUUCUGUUCGUUGAGUUGCCUAUUAAGGCGAGGGUAUCUUGUGAGGUAUCUGUUAAUGUCAAGAACCAGACUAUUGCCCAUCAAAACUGCUCUCCUGAGGAGCUCUUUCAUCCCUCGCCAGUGAAGAGUUGAUUGUCGAGUAGUCUCUCCUCAGUGAAAGUCUAUUGGUUAUCUUUGCAUUACACCAGCUUACAUAGUUUGACAGAUUUUGGUUAUUACUCCCAGCAGAUCAGUGGAAAAUCCUCGAUGGCUAUGAUUAUCUGCGUCUUAGGAGAAAGUACAAGCAGUCAAUACAUAUCUAACAUUAAAUGCUUGCAGUGAUUGCGGAAGGCUUUCCUCCGGACUCCAAAAUGUUCUCACUGGGGAUAAAGCUUGGUCUUCGUCGCUGUAUGUAGAUUGUAUUCAUUUUUCAGGCGCCCCUUUAUUUAUAGGUUCAUUAUGCAAAUGAUGACACAUACAAUGUGAGAUACAUAAAUUUAUAGAGCAGCAGGACUGGUAACUCUGUGUAUAUACAAAAUGGAUAUCCUUUAUCUGCUGGUAUUAAUAAAUUCUUCAAAAGCAGUAUGUCAUGGAUGCGUCUCUU